AGGCUUUCGAAAACAUGCUGGUUGUUCUGUAUAUCAAAGUAUAUCGAGUUUCUUGACACAGUGUUCUUCAUUCUACGCAAGAAACACAACCAGGUGACCUUCUUGCACGUGUACCACCACACCUCCAUGGCCCUCAUCACCUGGAUUGGGCUCAAGUUUUUCUCCGGGGGCAACAAUGUAGCAUACGGCAUAGUCAACAGCUUUGUCCACGUCAUCAUGUACUCGUACUACGCUCUGUCUGCCCUGGGUCCAGAGAUGAGAAAGUAUCUGUGGUGGAAGAAGUAUCUUACCAAACUACAGAUAGGCCAGUUUGUCGUGCUGCUCAUUUACGCUGCUUGGAAUGAAAUGUUCGGAUGUCCGUUUUCUAGAAUAUUCGUGAACAUCUGCAUAGUCUACAUCCUCACCAUCCUCCUUCUCUUCAUCAACUUCUACAUCAGGGCCUACCUCUCCUCCAACAGGCAAGCCAGAGAGGAUGCCGCGCAAAAACUGCGCGAUGAAGGGGAGAACAACACAAAUGGUGCAGUUAAAAAAGUGAACUGA